AUGAGUAUUGGAUAAGUUCAUCCAAAUAGCUCAUUUCCUAUUGACCUCAAAGAAUACAAAACAGAACUAGAGUAAUAAUCUAUAUUUAAUACUUUAGUUCACUAAAACUAUUUUACACAAUACGAUAAAGUAAAUAGACAUCUAAAGAAACAUCUCUUAUCAUUCAAUCUCCAAAAAAGUUAAAUUACAUUAUUAUUUAUAGUGCUAAUAGUAAUAGACAUAUCUUAAGUCCAAAACAUAGUUUAUUUAUGUAUUAGGAUUAUACAAAUUAAGACGAUGUUAUUAAUUACUUUUAAGAAAAACCAAUCAAAAUGAAAUUUGAGAAGGCUGUUCGAAAAUUAAACAUAUUACAAUAAUUCUUUAGAUAUGUUAACAAACAAAAAAAACAAGAAAUUAUAUAUCAAUCAAAAUAGAUUCAUAGGAAACGGUAAAAAUUGCCCUUUUACCCAGACCAGUUAUAUUUGUGGAAACAAUUCAUGUCGCUUUAAACAGCAGUCACAUUAAUGCUUUAUCCAAUCUAUAUAAGUCUUUCUGAUUUUAAUGAAUUUGUAUAGAUUAAUCUUUUAUUUAUUUUAGGAUUCAUUAACAAUAAUUACAUUUUUGUUGGAUGGACUCUAUUUAAUUGAUAUAAUCUUAAAAUAAAUAACUUGUCAAAUAGAUAAUAAUUACAAUUUAAUCAACACAUUUAGUGAUAUCUUUCUAUUCAACCUAUAAAGAUGGUUAAUCUUUGAUAUCAUAAGCAUUAUUCCAUAUAAAUUAUUUGCUCCUACAUUCUUUCAUUUAAUGGGACUAAAUCUAUUUAAAUUAUUAAGAUUUUUUAAAUACUUUUGUUAUAAUGAAAGAUAUAUCUAUUAAGAAUCUCAUAAUUCUUUAGAAAAAUCUGAAUAUUUUGAAAAACUAUUUUAAUUAGAUGGCAAAAUUUUUAGUAUUUUGAAAAUAUUCAAAAAUAUGCUUAUAUUCAUUAGUUUAUUUGGUUGUCUUUUUCAUGCAGUUUUACUAUAUGAAGGACUAGAAUCAUAAGAUAAUAAUUUAUCAAUAUAUAUAUAAGGAUUAUACUGGGCUAUAUAGACAGUCACCGUGAUUGGAUAUGGAGACAUACCUUUGACUACUUCAAUGUAAUACAAUUUAACUAUCAUAUGGAUAUUCAUAGGGGUUGGAUUCUAUUCAUUAACAAUAGGAAAUUUAGCAGAUAUAUUAGAUUAAUAAUCAUCAACAGAUGGAUUUGAAGAAGAUUUAGAUGCCUUAGAAACUUUAAUGUAGAAAAUCAUAAUUCCAGAAGAUUUGAGUAAUCAGUUAUUUUCUUACUUUUAAUAUAACAUUGAGAAUAAUCCUUUUUGGAAUUACAGAAAGUAAAUUGUAUUUAUAAAUAAGAAUCUUAGGAUAAUAGAAACAUUGCCAUCUUAAUAAAAGAUCUAUGCUAUAGCAUUUUGUCAAAAGUAAUUAAUUGAAAAUGUCAAUAUGUUUGCUUUCAACAUUAAUUUUGCUGCAGCCAUACUGCCCUAUUUUACAAUGUACAAUUUUAAAUAAUUUGACACUAUCUACUACAAUGGAUCUCCAAGUUUAGAUGUCUUUUUCUUAGUGUCUGGAGAAGUACGAUUAUGUGAUGAAUAAGGGAAUACUUUAUUAAAUAUAUAAGAAGGAUAUAUAUUUGGUGAAAUUGAAAUAUUAGAAGAUUGUUAUAGAAAACAGUCUGCAGUUGCAUGUAAAGAUUCAUUAGUAAUAAUGUGUCCAAUUUCACAAUUCUUAUAAUUAAUUUAAGAAGAUGAAUCAUUACUUUUUGAAAUUGAAUAAUUGGGUUUAAGAAGAAAACUUUUACUUUAAGAAAAUCUUGCUAGAAUUAAAAGUAUUUAUACUUUAUAUUAUUAAAUAGAAAAUGCAAAAUAAUUGAAAAGAAUAAAUGUAAUAGAAGGAGAUCCAAUGACAUAAUAUGUUUAUAAGAAGUAUUUACUAGAAAAAUAAUUCAAAGCUAAUGUCAUUAAAGAAAGUUUUUAAUAAAUUCAUAAAAAAUUAUUAAGAAAUAUAUUUGGACAUUAAUAAGAAAAAAAAUGGAAACAUAGAGCAGUGUUUAAAAUGGCUGUGAGAAAAAUCAUUGAUCAUCUGAAAUAAAAUAAAAAUUAAUAAAAAAAGAAUAACAUUGUUAUAGGUAAGUAAAUGUUAUAAAAUUUUGCUCAGGUUCAAUAAUAAGAAUUGAAUAUCUAAAAUUAAAUCUAUAAAAAUAAAAAAAAUGGAAAAUAUCAAUAAAGAGUUAAAGUGAAAGAUAUUUUAAAUAAUUAUUGUUAAAAAGAUACUGCUCCUAUGCUUAUCACUCCUUAUCCUUAUUAUGAGGAAAUCUUAAAUGAAAGAAAAGAAGAGAAGCAGUAAUUUAAAUAAAAAUAAAAUAAAAUCUUAGAAUUAUCUAAUAGAUUGAUUAAGAUCAACCUUAUUGGAUAAUUAUAAAUCUGUAAUACAUUAUAUGAGGAUUUAAUUGAAUAAAUAGACUACUUAUAUGAUGCAUAAUAUUAAACACAUGAAUCACAAGAUUAAAUGGAAUCUGUCUACUAUUAAAUAUAUUCAUUAGUUUCAUCAAUUGAUUGA